GGAAGCGUGAACUGACAACGACUAGAAAAAGAAGAAGAAAAAAAAUCACCAUGAUCUACGCUGAUCUGUGAUCUCACGUCUGCGUGACGCACUCUCUCUGGUGGCUAGACACUGACAGGAGGGAACUGAUCCCACGCCUGUAAGCAGAUGAAGGUUCUGUGUUUGCCAAAAGUAAUGAGAACAAUUUCCGUUUCCCUCUUGGAUCUUGCAGGCAGCUGCUGCUCUGUCACAUACAGGCACGAGCUGUAAACACAAAGGUUCAGUCAGACCACAGGACAGUUUAGCACUUCCUCAUUGAGAGCCGGUGCAGAGUGAGCGGGUGAGCGCUUCCUGUGACGCCUCUGCAUCUCUGGUCAAUAAUUACACUCACAUCACUCUACCACUACCAAGCCUCGCUGCAUGGAAGGACGCAGGCUGCAUCCCAUCCAGGGUGAAGUUCUCUGACAAGUUAUCUGCGUGUUCAUCGGAAGGAUUGUCUCCAGAAACGGGACCUGCCUUGAUUCGACAACACAUCAGACCUCUUCACUUCUUACCAGACUUCAAGGGGACGCUGUGAUGCUAUCCUCGCCCAGUUAAGAGUUUGUACGUGUGCUUUGGGACAUUCAGCCAUGCUGCAACAGUCAGAGCUCAUCUUUGACUUUGCCAGUGACCACUUUAACAUGUCACAGCUGGGGGGUUUCACAGAUUGCCCUGCGGUGAUUGUAGAGCAGGUUCCACAUUCACACCUGUUUUCAUAUACAGGUCUAGCGUGUGAACAGUCACAGGAUCACCAGCAGCUGGUCAAAGUGGAGCCAUGUGAAAGUGGGGAGGAAGAGACCAUGGAGACGCUUGUUUCUCCUGACUCGUUACUCAACAUGGAGUGCGCUGACACCCUCUCCCUGGAACACUACUCGCAGACCUUCUUACCAUCGCUUGGCGAUGUCAUCACUACUCCUGUUGUGGGGGAGGAGCUUGUGGGAACUGUCAAUCAGUCAGAGUGGUCGUCGUUGCACAGAAACAAGCCUGCAUCGCAGCUGCGGUCCAAAAAGAAAAGCAGGAAACCGCGACAUCGAAGAGCAGAGUCUCCCACGCCAGAAAUUACAGUAAAGAAGGACAAAUACAACAAAGGUGGAAACACCCUUUACCUGUGGCAGUUCCUGAUGGAGUUGCUGCAAGAUAGACAAGUCUGCCCUCGUUACAUCAAAUGGACUAAUCCUCAAGCGGGGAUCUUCAAGCUGGUCAACUCAAAAGCAGUGGCCAGGCUGUGGGGCAAACACAAAAACAAACCAGAUAUGAAUUAUGAGACAAUGGGCAGAGCACUCAGGUACUACUACCAGAGAGGAAUACUGAAUAAGGUUGAAGGCCAGCGCCUCGUUUACCAGUUCACCUCUCUCCCCAAAGACAUGAUUUACAUCACCGAUGGAGAUGGCAUCAAAGAGGAAGACGACGAGGACCACGAUGACAACAGCGUCAACGACGAAGGCUUGAGCGACGACUCUGACAGUACCGUAUCGUCUAGUGACCAUUCAGCGGAGGAGCAGGAAGAUUCUCAGCCACCGCCAAAGAAAUCGUCCCCCGUCUCCGGCCGCACUCCCGCUUCACAGCGCACCAGGCCCGCUCCCAGGCCCUCAGCUCAGCGCGACACCGUCCUGCGUCCCACCAGCUCCAGUUUGAUCCAGGAACAGCAUCUGCCUAUCGUGUCGGCUGAGAUGCUACGCACGCUCCAGAACCUGCAAAAGGUCCAGUCUCUCAAACCCGCCGGUCAUGCGUCAGUCUUCAAAACGGCUCAGCUGCUGGGGAGUCUGUGCGAGCGGCAGGCCGCUGCCUCUGCCGAGGUAGCCAUAGGGAGAAAAGGUGCGCCGGAGAUGGCCGAGAAAAAGUCGCACCCAGGACCAAAAACUCCACAGCUUAUGCCUCUGAUUAGCUCUGACCAAUACAAAUAACAGGUGCCCACUUUCUAUUGAACACACAGAUGCCUGUACACUCCACUGACUCAGGACCACUUACAGGGCUGCACUUUGCUAUGACAAUGCUGAUUUAAAAACAAAGGGACUUUUGAUGUAGAAUAUUAUUUUAGAUCAUAAGUACAGAUCAGUGCUUUCUCGCAGCGCUGACAGGAACCAAAAUCUCACAGCAGUUUACCUUCUCAGCUUUGAAAUCUGAUCAUUUCGCCUUAUUGUCAUUCUGUGUAGCCCUUUGUUAAACCAACACCAAAGACAGACAUGCACUGGAAUCUCUGGCCUCUCUGCACUGCCUGCAGACACUUUCUCUGCUUGCACUUCAGCUCCAGUGUCCUGGAAGCAAUUAUCUUAUCACCACACUGUGCCCUUCGUCUCUGCCUUUUGCUCUCACUUUCUCCUUGUUGUUUAGUUUUGUGUCUUUAUGCUAUCACGUGCUGAAGCAUUCCUUUGCCUUAAAAGUGGCUUUGCACUAAUGUUUACCUCUGCUGUAUAUUUCUUCUGAAGUGCCUGAAGAUGUCAGUCCAUCCUAUUCCUGGUAAUCAUAAGGGAAAACAUUCCAUAUUGUUAUUGUUAUUAUUAUUGUUGUUGUUUUUUAAGAUUGCUGCA